GGUCCGAGCCAUCUACUGCUGCCGGUCCCCCGGCCCUCCCGACUCGCCUCCCGCCCCUUCGCCGCCCGCCGCCGUCACUCAGGGAAACGGGCUGCGACCGCCCGCCGACCCCAAGCUGGUUUCAUGGCAGCCGCGAAGAAAGCAGUUUUGGGGCCGUUGGUGGGAGCAGUGGACCAGGGCACCAGCUCGACGCGCUUUUUGGUUUUCAAUUCAAAAACAGCCGAACUACUUAGUCAUCAUCAAGUGGAAAUAAAACAAGAGUUUCCAAGAGAAGGAUGGGUGGAGCAGGACCCUAAGGAAAUUCUGCAUUCUGUCUAUGAGUGUAUAGAGAAAACGUGUGAGAAACUUGGACAGCUCAAUAUUGAUAUUUCCAACAUAAAAGCUAUUGGUGUCAGUAACCAGAGGGAAACCACUGUAGUCUGGGACAAGUUAACUGGAGAGCCUCUCUACAAUGCUGUGGCUGCUCCAGUUUCUCCUGGCCCUUCAGAUCCAGUUGCCGUUGUUCCCUCUGGCUCUUCAGUUCCAGCUGCUGGCGCUGCCUCAGUGUGGCUUGACCUAAGAACCCAGUCUACCGUUGAGAGUCUUAGUAAACGAAUUCCAGGAAAUAAUAACUUUGUCAAGUCCAAGACAGGCCUUCCACUUAGCACUUAUUUCAGUGCAGUGAAACUUCGUUGGCUCCUUGACAAUGUGAGAAAAGUUCAAAAGGCAGUUGAAGAAGAUAGAGCUCUUUUUGGGACCGUUGAUUCAUGGCUUAUUUGGAGCUUGACAGGAGGAGCCAGUGGAGGUGUCCAUUGUACAGAUGUAACAAAUGCAAGCAGGACGAUGCUUUUCAACAUCCAUUCUUUGGAAUGGGAUAAAGAGCUCUGCGAAUUUUUUGAAAUUCCAAUGAAAAUUCUUCCAAAUGUCCGGAGUUCUUCUGAGAUCUAUGGCCUAAUGAAAAUCUCUCAUAGUCUGAAAGCUGGGGCCUUGGAAGGUGUACCAAUAUCUGGGUGUUUGGGGGACCAAUCUGCUGCAUUGGUGGGACAAAUGUGCUUCCAGGAUGGACAAGCCAAAAACACGUAUGGAACAGGCUGUUUCUUACUAUGUAAUACAGGCCGUAAGUGUGUAUUUUCUGAACAUGGCCUUCUGACCACAGUGGCUUACAAACUGGGCAGAGACAAACCAGUGUAUUAUGCGUUAGAAGGUUCCGUAGCUAUAGCCGGUGCUGUUAUUCGCUGGCUAAGGGACAAUCUUGGAAUUAUAAAGACCUCUGAGGAAAUUGAAAAACUUGCUAAAGAAGUAGGUACUUCUUAUGGCUGCUAUUUCGUCCCAGCAUUUUCAGGACUGUAUGCACCUUAUUGGGAGCCCAGUGCAAGAGGGAUCAUCUGUGGGCUCACUCAGUUCACCAAUAAAUGCCAUAUUGCUUUUGCUGCAUUAGAAGCUGUUUGUUUCCAAACUCGAGAGAUUUUGGAUGCCAUGAACCGCGACUGUGGAAUUCCUCUCAGCCAUUUGCAGGUAGACGGAGGAAUGACCAACAACAAAAUUCUGAUGCAGCUACAAGCAGACAUUCUGUAUAUCCCAGUAGUGAAGCCCUCGAUGCCCGAAACGACUGCUCUAGGAGCUGCCAUGGCAGCAGGGGCUGCAGAAGGGGUUGGCGUUUGGAGUCUGGAACCUGAGGACUUGUCAGCUGUCACAAUGGAGCGGUUUGAACCUCAGAUCAACGCUGAGGAAAGUGAAAUUCGUUAUUCUACGUGGAAGAAAGCUGUGAUGAAGUCAAUGGGUUGGGUUACAACUCAGUCUUCAGAAAGUGGUGACCCUAGUAUCUUCUGUAGUCUACCCUUGGGCUUUUUUAUAGUGAGUAGCAUGGUAAUGUUAAUCGGAGCAAGGUACCUCUCAGGUAUGCCAUAAAUACUACCAACUCAUGGAUUCCAAAGAUGCGAGCUCUUUACCUACCGAGAGAAUCCAGUGAUUCUGUCUCUUAAUGUGAUGACACUACUCAUAGACUCUGAUUUUAUUUAUAAGCCACUAGCUGCAUGACCCUCCAAGUAGACCUGUGGCUUGAAAUAAAGUAAAUGCAGCAGAAAGAAUGCUAUAGAAACAUUUGGUGUGUUUUUUAACAUCGGUAGUUAAGAUUGGACCAGCUACCUUUGGGGCUGACCCGCUCCUUUGCCAUCAUUUCCUGCCUCAUUCCCUCUAAGAUCUAGGAAUAAUUCAGGUCCUGUCCAUUGGAAUCUUUUAUCACAUAUAUUCAAGCUCUGAUGGGCCAGGAUUUGAUUCCUGAACUACACAUGCUUGAUUAAGGGGCUGUUACUAAUGGGCUAAAAAUUUGUGACCUUUUGUUUGCUUCUUUUUAACAGACCCCCCUACCCAAAGUCCUCUUUUCUGCAUAUUAGGGAGACCACAGCAUCUUCACUGAAUGUUUAAAUGGAAGCCUCUACUAAAUUCUUAAAAUGGAAAUUUAGUACCCUCAUUGCUUUGGUAUUUCGCUGAAAAGUAUUUGCCAAAACUGAAAAUUCUUCAUAUAUUGUAUUUAACGUGGUCUCACUAAUUACACUGAAUUGCUCUCUGGAUCUUAUAGGGAAGGACACUUUCCUUUUUUUUUCUUUCAUCUCUCCUUUUUAUAUAUUUUUUUACUUUGUAUGUCUAACAUACAUGCCUAUAUAUUUUAUAUACCGAGGGUAGCCCAUUUAUAAAAAGAGUACGUGUUCUCACUAAUUACACUGAAUUUCUGUCUGGAUCUUAUAGGGAAGAACACUUUCUUUUUUUUCUUUUUGUCUCUCCUUUUUAUAUUUCUUACUUUGUAUGUGUAGCAUACAUGCCUUUAUAUUUUAUAUACUGAGGGUAGCCCAUUUAUAAAUUAAGAGCACACUGUAUUCGGUAGGUUAUAACGGGGCUGGUCUUAAGUGGACCUCUGUGUGUAUAAAUAUUUUGGAGAAAACAGCUGUAUACAUUUUUGGGCAAUGGUUAUGCAUAUUAUUUACCAGGAGAAACUUUUUCUUAAAGAGCCAACAUUUAAAAUUUAAGUAUAUGUUCUAUGUCAAUAAAAGAAAAUAUACUUUAUUGUGACUAUAAUUUCUUAUACCAUACUUUUAUAUGCUAAAAAAGAAAAGAGAAAAAACUGUGGAAUACUACAGCAAACAUUGUUUUCAAAUAC